UUUAUAAUCAAAUGUGUUUUCGAAAUUUAAAAAUUAUCAAUUCACAAUUUUCUUGUUUAUUUUUCAAUGAAGGUACAAGUACUAAUGUGUACAUACCUAUGUUUUGGUUUUGUUCUUGGUUUGAAAGAAGUCCGAAUUCAAACUCCUAUUGCAGUUAAAAAAGGUGAAAGUACAAAGUUAUAUUGCUGGUAUGAUAUAGAAGGAGAUCCUUUGUACAUAGUUAAAUGGUAUAAAUCUGGCCAUGAAUUUUAUCGGUAUGCACCACAAGAGAAACCAGCAACUAAAUCAUUUGUAGUUGGGAAUUUACAUGUAAAGGAAUCAGAAAGUAAUGCAACACAAGUAACUUUAAUAAACGUUGAUGUGGAUGCUGCUGGUUGUUUUAGUUGUGAAGUUUCAGCUGACGCUCCGUCAUUCCAAACUGCAAUUGCUUCUGGAAACAUGAACGUAGUUGAAUUACCAUUUCAAAGACCUAUUAUAAGUGGAUUAAGAAAUAAAUAUCGUAUAAAUGACGUCUUGAAGCUUAGUUGUUCUUCAAGUUAUAGCAGACCUGCCGCAAAUUUAACAUGGUAUAUAAAUAAUAAUCAGGCAACAGAAUCAUUUGCUAGUAUUAAAUAUAUAAAUAACACUGAACAAAAUAUUUCAAUGAGUACUUUACAGUUCCAAAUAAAAUCUGAUUCGUUUUAUAAUGGAACUUUAAAAAUUCGAUGUAGUGCAUCAAUAUAUGAUAUUUAUUGGCAAAGUACAGAAGUAAGUGCAGAAGAAGAUAAAUUAAAAAUUACAUACAUUGAACCAAUUAGCAAUGUUAUUGGUAUUAAUUAUCAUCAACCUCCACCAAAUUUUCAACUUGGACAAACAAAACUUGAUGGAGAAAUAGAUAUAAAAGUAAUCGGCAAUUCCGCAGUUCGGAUAAUUUCUCACAUAAUUACAUUGAAGUUAAUUGGUGUCUGCAGAUUUUUCAUACUGUAGUAUACAUAUUGAAAACAUUUGUUUGUUUUAUUUUACAAAUAAAAACGUUAUAAUGCCUAUGUACAUUUCAAUUAGAAAU